UUCUUCUUCGGCGGCGAUUGGUGGUCACGCGCUUGACGGUUGCGGAGAAUUCAUGCCGUCUCCUUCUUCAACACCUUCCGAUCCAACUUCUCUCAAGUGUGCAGCUUGUAGUUGUCACCGUAACUUCCACCGCCGUGAACCUGACGAUUCCUCCUCGGUUCCACCACCGUCUCUUCUUCCAUCUUCAUCCACAACUGCCGCAAUUGAGUAUCAACCUCAUCACCGUCACCACCCUCCUCCUCCGCUAGCUCCUCCGCUUCCUCGUAGUCCUAGUUCAUCUUCUCCGACAGUAGCUGAGGGAGACAGGAAGAGGACCUGUGAGUUUGUUGUUGGCCAAGGAGACGGACCUCAAGGACCCGCAUUGCUCGAAGAACCCGUCUGGGAUCCGACCCGAGAGACUAUUGCCGCUGAAAUCGACGACUUGGAGGCUGCCGAGACGGAGAAGGCCACGCCCGAUGUGACCGGAGAGAGAGAAGGCGUCAAGUCGGAGCUCCGAUACCCGGUUGGAGGCAGGGUCGCAUGUGCAACCGACCCAGUUGCAGGGAUCGUAGUCUUCGGAUUUGCCGUCGAUGAGACCCAAAACGUCGUCGUUGAAAGUCGGGUCUGCCGUCGUUAAAGAAAAAAAAUUCUGGUCAAAAU